UCACACGACGGUCAGAACAAUGAAACGGCAAGUACUGCUUCUCAUCUCGUUAUUUGGAAUCAUCUCAGUUACUGGGCAGGUCAGCUAUUCUAUUCCGGAGGAGUUGCCGAAAGGAUCUUUUGUCGGUGAUCUUGCCCAAGAUUUGGGUUUGGAUGUGAAAAGAUUGAAGUCAGGAAAAGCUCGCAUAUAUGUGGCUGACAGCGCAGACUACAUCGAGUUGAAUCGGGAAAAAGGAGUCCUCCUCGUGAAAGAUAAAAUAGACCGAGAGCUGCUAUGUGCACAGACGGCCCCUUGUGCUUUGCAUUUGCAGGUUAUUUUGGAGAAUCCGAUGGAGUUUUACAGCAUUAACGUCGAAAUCAAAGACGUCAAUGACAACGCUCCGAUGUUCAAACGUGGUGAAAUGCAAUUCAGAAUAAGCGAGUCAGCUGUUACAGGAACGGCAUUUCUACUCGAGCAGGCGAUCGAUCUGGAUGUUGGUAAAAAUGGCCUCCAGAGUUAUAUGUUAAAACCAACUGAUAACUUCGCUUUAAAGUUGCACAAUCAAGCAGACGGAAGCAAGAUGGUUGAAAUGGUUUUGCAGAAACCUCUUGAUCGAGAACAACAAAGCAAUUUGUUGCUCGAGCUGACUGCAGUAGAUGGUGGGGAGCCGCAGCUCUCUGGCGCGGUUCAGAUACACAUAACUGUGCUUGACAGUAACGAUAAUGCUCCAGUUUUUACACAGAGAACGUAUAAGUCCACCUUGAGGGAAAAUUCACUCUCAGGGAUGGUAGUAGUCACAGUUAGUGCCACUGAUUUAGACGAGGGAUCAAAUGGAAAAAUAUCCUAUUCAGUUUUAAACUCUGUUGAUGAUGCCUCUGAUAUAUUUGACAUACAUGGAGAAACUGGAGAAGUGAAAUUAGUCGGAAAUGCUGACUUUGAAAAGAAGCGUCAGUAUCAAAUUUACGUUCGAGCCAGUGACGAAGGAGGACUGACCGACACUACUAAAAUUAUUGUUGAAAUACUUGAUACAAAUGACAACGAGCCUGCUAUUAAUGUAAUGUCAAAAUCCAAUGUGGUGGCAGAGAAUAUCAAGCCUGGCACUGUAGUCACCAUUGUGAAUAUUCAAGACCUUGACGCGGGUGAAAAUGGAAAAGUUAAUUGUGACAUAAACAAAAAUGUGCCGUUUUCAGUCUCAUCAACAUCGAAUAAUUUUUUUAGUAUCACGACAGACAGUGAUUUAGACCGAGAGAGAUCAUCUGAGUAUAAUAUCACAGUGACCUGCUCUGACGAGGGAGUGCCCUCCCUCUCCAGCAGCGUCACUCUCACCUUACAGAUCUCUGAUGUGAAUGAUAACGCACCUGUCUUUGAGAGGAGCUCAUAUGAGGCCUACAUAGUAGAAAACAACACCCCAGGCCUCUCUAUAUUCACAGUAAAAGCCACAGAUGCUGACUGGAACCAGAAUGCCCGUGUUUCUUACAUUCUGGAGGACUCCUCCAUUAAUGGCGUGCCAGUCUCCUCAUAUGUGUCCGUCAGUGCAGAUAGUGGAGCCAUUCAUGCAGUGCGCUCAUUUGACUUCGAGCAGAUCAAAGAUUUCCAGUUUCUUGUCAAAGCUCAGGAUGGAGGCUCUCCUCCACUCAGCAGCAACGUGACAGUGAAAAUCCUGAUCCAGGAUCAGAACGACAACCCCCCUCAGGUCCUGUACCCAGUGCAGACUGGUGGCUCUGUGGUUGCUGAGAUGGUGCCUCGUUCAGCAGAUGUGGGAUAUCUGGUGACCAAAGUGGUGGCUGUUGAUGUGGACUCUGGACAGAAUGCCUGGCUCUCAUAUAAACUCCAGAAAGCCACAGACAGAGCGCUGUUUGAAGUUGGAUUGCAGAAUGGAGAAAUCAGAACUGUCCGCCAAGUCACUGAUAAAGAUGCAAUCAAACAAAGAUUGGCUGUCAUAGUGGAGGACAACGGACAGCCCUCUCGUUCAGCUACAGUCAUUGUGAACGUGGCGGUGGCGGACAGCUUCCCUGAAGUGCUGUCAGAGUUCACUGACCUGAUCCACGACAAAGAGUACAAUGACAACCUGACUUUUUACUUGGUGUUGGCUCUGGCUGUAGUUUCCUUCCUGUUCAUCACCUGUGUGGUGGUGAUUAUCUCAGUGAAAAUCUACAGAUGGAGACAGUCCCGCAUCCUGUAUCAGUCCAACCUGCCUGUGAUUCCAUAUUAUCCACCACGUUACUCAGACACUUUGGGGACAGGGACUCUCCAACAUGUGUACAACUACGAGGUGUGCAGGACGACUGACUCCAGAAAGAGUGACUGUAAGUUCGGCAGAGCUGGUAGUCAGAACGUGCUGAUCAUGGACCCCAGUUCAACAGGGACGAUGCAGCGGAUACAGAGUGAGAAGAGCAUCCUGGAUGAGCCUGACUCUCCUAUCGAGGUUGGACUGUUUUAACAUUCUUCUU